GGCAUCCUGCUGGGGCUCCAGGCUCGGGCUGCUCUUCCUCCUCCUCCUCCUUCUCGGUGGGAAGCGGCUGCUGCAGCGGCAGAACCAGCCGUGACGGCCGCGCUGCCCGGGUAAGAGGCGGGCGGAGCCCCCAGAAGUGGAAAGAAGUUUCCAAGCUAAACAACAAAAUAACCCUUAAGCCAUGGAGUCCAACCAGGAAUCCUCACUCUUCCUGGUGAAGAUCUUGGAGGAGCUGGACACGAAGCAGAACACGGUUUCUUACCAGGACCUUUGCAAGUCCCUGUGUGCAAGGUUUGAUUUGUCCCAGUUGGCCAAGCUCAGAAGUGUGCUGUUCUACACCGCCUGCCUGGAUCCUAAUUUCCCAGCGACUUUGUUCAAAGACAAAAUGAGAUGCACUGUGAACAAUCAGCAAUCAAAGAAAAUCAUGGUUGCAGCAGAUAUAGUAACAAUAUUCAACCUCAUACAAAUGAAUGGGGGAGUGGCCAAGGAGAAACUUCCAGUUGCAAGGCAGAAAGUGAAGAAGAAAGAGUCCUUUGAGUCCUGUAGAUCUGACACAGAAAUCUGCAACGUGGCAGACUGUGUGCCCAACUGUGACCUGAACGACCAGGAGUUUAACCGGGGCUUUCCAGUCAGAAGGUCUUCAAAAUGCAGAAAGAUGGACUGCAAAGACUGUCAACAGUUUGUCCCCUCGUCAGAGCCCAACUUUUUACUUGGUGUUAAUAAGGAGAUGAAGGGCAGGGCUGCCUCUCUGGACAGGCUGCAGGCGCUGGCUUCCUACUCCAUCGCCGCGUCUCCACCGUGCGAGAUGCAGAGUACGUACUUCCCCAUGAACAUUGAAAAUGAAUCUAUUUCAGACCAGGACUCCUUGCCCAUAAGUGCAGGCAUAAAAGAAACCUUCAUUUCAAAUGAUGAGCCGUUUGUGAUGCAAUCGUGUAUCCAGAAAAGAAAUAUAUUCAAAGAAGAUUUUCAUAAUCUGAUUACAAUAUCCCCCAACUUAAUACCGUCCAACAAAAAGUCAGAAGAUGGACACAGAGAGCCUCAGAACAGGAAAGAAAGCUCUAAGCAGGCUUUCUUCAACCACAGCUUUGAAAUGCCAUACAGCAGCCAGUACUUGAAUCCAGUUUAUUCUCCUAUACCAGACAAAAGACGAGUCAAGCAUGAAAGUUUAGAUGAUCUUCAAGCGUCAACGUAUUUUGGCCCAACCACUAUUCUUGGGCCCCAGGACACCAAAAAGUGGACUGGAAAGCCAACCAAGCAAACUGCCUGGCCAUCUAAAAGCUGGAGUUUAAAUACUGAGGAGGUACCUGACUUUGAACGAUCCUUUUUUAAUAGGAAGCAGUCUGAAGAGAAGUCACGAUACCAGAGUUCCAAUAACCCCUCUCCAAACUUUCCUUCAGCUGACAGACAUCAGUCCUACCUAAAUGUGAAGGAUCAGCAACCGAUAAUGCAGACAAACUAUGCUGUGAAGCCAAAUGGACAUAAACCCAAGGAAAUUCCUUCCAUUAUAGAUGUGGAGAAACAUGAGCCGGUCAAAAAGUUUAAGGAUAAAAGCAUUAAUUGUACUUCUGUUCAGAUCUUAAGCAUUGACAGGACCACGAGUGUUGGGACACAAACAGAGCAGCAAGCUCUGGACCACAAGAAAUGCAAGGAUUUGUGUGCAGGGGGCCAGGGCAAGUACGGCGAGCGACACUCCCUUAAGCAGUCAGAUGAUGACUCUGAAAUUGUGAGCGAUGACAUCAGUGACAUUUUCCGGUUUUUGGAUGACAUGAGUGUCAGCGGCUCGACGGGAGUGAUGCAAUCUUCGUGCUACAACAGCACCGGCUCCUUGUCCCAGGUGCAUAAGUCAGACUGUGAGAGCUCACCUGAGCACAAUUUGACCAAGGUCUCCAACGGGAGUGUCUGUAGCAAACUGGAUAAAGUGGCCCGGGCAGAUAUCGGUGCCACAGAUGAUGAACUGAAAACGAGCGUCUGCAAAUUAGUUUUGAGGAUUGGUGAAAUAGAGAAGAAACUGGAAUCUCUCUCAGGCGUUCGAGAAGAAAUCUCCCAAGUCCUGGGAAAACUGAGCAAGUUGGAUCAAAAAAUUCAGCAGCCAGAGAAGGUCAACAUACAAGUAGAUGUCAAUUCCUUGACAAGCGAAGGCGCGUCAGAUGAGAGUAACUCCCCACAGAUAUUUCAGUGCCACAAUACUCCUCAUGGGGGCAAACUGGAGAAUAAUCCAGAGUGGUGCUGUUCAGAUGCCAGUGGAAGUAAUAGUGAGAGUCUUCGAGUAAAAGCCUUAAAAAAAAGUUUGUUUACUAGGAGGUCAUCAAGAUCAUUAACAGAGGAAAAUAGUGCAACUGAGUCCAAAAUAGCGAGUAUUUCAAACUCUCCCCGAGACUGGAGAGCUAUUACUUACACCAAUCAAGUUGGCAUUACGGAAGAGGAGAGGAAAGAGAGAGAUGGAGGAGAAAAUAAGGACUGGCACAGGAAAUCUAAAGAGGCAGACAGGCAGUACGAAAUCCCACAGCCACAUAGACUCUCUAAACAACCAAAAGAUGCUUUCUUGAUUGAACAAGUCUUUAGUCCUCAUCCCUACCCUGCAUCACUCAAGUCACACAUGAAGAGCAACCCGCUCUACACAGACAUGAGGUUGACAGAGCUGGCUGAAGUGAAACGUGCCCAGCCCUCCUGGACCAUAGAGGAAUACACGAGGAAUUCGGGGGAUAAAGGCAAGAUUGCAGCAUUGGAUCUACAAACUCAAGAAUCUUUAAACCCAAACAACUUAGAAUACUGGAUGGAAGACAUUUAUACUCCUGGCUAUGAUUCCUUAUUAAAACGCAAAGAAGCUGAGUUCAGAAGAGCAAAGGUUUGCAAGAUAGCUGCUCUGAUAGCAGCAGCAGCUUGUACAGUUAUUCUGGUCAUUGUAGUUCCCAUUUGUACAAUGAAAUCCUGAACCCACCGACAGACCCGUGACUCCUGGCUGUGCGUGUCUCAGCUCAUGCUGUGUUUCCAAAAUCUGAUGGCAAAACUGUAAGGAAUUUGUUCCGAAAGAAUGCUCUGAGGAUAUCCUGAUGGAGAAUGCUGGAAAUGUAGGCAAAACACAUGGAAACCUUUUUUUUUUUUUUUUUUAAAGUGUUAUUUUAAAUAACAGACUGUGUGGCAGAGUUAAUGGGAACUCGGUUCCAUUUUUAUGCAUUUUUUAAAGUGCAAUAUUUUUUUUUUUCCUAAAGAAACAAUAUAAUGUUUUACAGAAUCAGAGACUGAUGAGAAUCCAGGCAGAAGAGGAAGGUUGUUUGAGCUAUGUUGCGUUUAAGGGAAGUAUGGGUACAUGGAGGUAGCACUGUAUAGAAGGGAUUAUUCUAUAUGCAUUACAUCAGGGAGCUAGGAAAGUCUUCAAGCUCUCUACAAUGUAGAAAACUCUGAAUGUAUUGUAUUUAUUUUAUAGUAUUUAUGUAUUUCAUGAUCAUUUGAUUGUAAAGCAGACUGUGUAGCCAUGAACAGAGUUCAUUCCUAUGUUCAGAUUUAAAAGGGCUCUUUGUAUUUGGUCUUGCCCGAAGACCCACUCUAACAUCACUGAGUACUUAGAUAAGUGCAAUGUGCUGCAGACCAAAAAGAUUAUGUUUAAAAGCAAUCACAAGAGGUUUCGUUGCUUCUGUUGAAUAACAUUUGCAUAGAGCUGGCAAGCUUGCCUUGCCAAAAGGGUGUUCUUUACCUCUUGCAGACAGUGAAAUUGUCUCAGUUUCACUGCUGCCAGCACGCAAAGCUGGCAAAUCAAAGCCACUCUCUGUUACAGUUCUUGGAAAUGUAAUCUGAACAGUUAUUUUUAUUUUUUCACAAAGUCUUCGUGCCUUUUUUUUUUUAGACUGUAGAUUAAACAGAACUGUUUAAUUUUGCUGUUUUAAGCCCAUAACAUAAAUCACAGCAUAAUGGGUACUAAUGGAGGUUCUUUUCCCGCAAGCUUUCUAUACAGCUCAGAGUGCUCCUCAAACAGCAGGGCUGGUGGUUCCUGAGCACUUACAUGAAAGGCACAAAUUCUUCAGCCCUAGUGGAAACGUGCUGCUAAUGCAACGCAUUCGGCACGGGGAGAUUUGUUUCCCUCUUGCUAAUGUACUUAAGAAUGAUGGUUGACUCUACCGGUCAGCAAGCAGUCUGGAUCCCAUGGGAAAUGUCCAUUUGAUGUUUUAUCCCAAAUGCAAAUAGCAGGUUCAAAGGAAUUCUCAAGCUAUGACAGAAGUUAUCUGCCACGGUCAGUGAAAGCAAAUACCGAGACAGUAUUACUCUUCUGUCAAGUGUAGAUGAAAAAAAAUACUAAUAAAAAAAAAGCAUUUUCAGGAAAUAAUGUGAUCUUGCUGGUCCUCUAAGGGGAAGGAGAUUCUUUCAGUGAAUGCUCUUUAUGGAGGGUAAUUUGGUUUCUUCAGAAGCAGCCUCCCUAGAUGAUGACACAGCAGCUAGGGAAGCAUGGGAUGCUCGUUCCUCUGGCUCCCUGGGAUGUGCCACACUUGCUGUUUGCUUUUAGCUGGUUUAAAAAAAAAUAGUGAGGAAGGGAGUGUGGGAGGCAAAGGCUUUGUUGUGACACACUUAGAUGUGUGUCAGUUCUUUCCUGCAGCUGGGGACCUGUUAAUGUGCUGCUCGUGUGCUGUAUUUUAUUUAGAGAUAGGUGAUCCUGGGACCUUGAUCUAUCAGGAGAAACAAGUGUAAGCACAGGGCUGGGUGUCCCAUCAGCCACUACAGAUCAAGGAUAAACCCCUAGGCUGAAAUCUGCACCUGCCUGGCCUGAAUCCGGACCCAGAUUCUGUAGCUUUGGCCCAUGCCUGACACCAAGAUUAUUUCUCUUUCCUCCCAGAUGCUGCAGGAUGGAGUCACAGCAGGGAGGGAGCAAUUCACACUGUCUAUUUUAGGCUGUCUUUGGUUCUGGUGUGAUUCAGGGCACCUGGGUUGAAGCGCUUGGGAUCUGUGUGUAGCAAACAGGGACAGGUAGAGAAACCUCUGGGGAUGAUUUGGAGCUGCCAGCAAGAUGUCUAAUAUUAGACAUGUGAACACACUCUGGAGGGCAUUGCUCUGCAGUUUACCUUAUGCACAAUUUUAGGUUGAUUGUAUAUGUAAAAAAAAAUAACCUAUUUCUGGUUCCAGGUAAUGUCAAAGCCGUUUUACACCCCUCCUUGUCCCUGGGACAGCAAGCACGAGGUGCUGUCAGAAGAGCAGAGUGGCCCAGUGUCAGUCCCCUGUCUGCCCACACUGGUGGUGACAAGUCCCUCAGAGGGGCAAGAUGAGUGUGGGGGACACACCAAGCAGCCACCCUGCCUUCACCAGCCCCCUCUGCUAGCCCAAAUGGGCUGGUCCUGCCACCCCCAUCCCAAAAGCAGCAUCUCAGCAAUCUGAUUUUAGUAAAUACCUGAAUGCCCAAGGGGAGAUGAGAUGUGAGGAGGGAGGGGGAGGUGUCAGUGAGCAGGGCAGGGCAGGCUGGGGCUGUGCUUGCCCUGGUGCAUUGGAGGAGAUUUGAUGACCCUGUUUUGUCUGCGCAGGAAUCUUUUCUUUGACUGUGAAACUCAUCCAGCUGGCCAGGUGAGUCUUUGCAUUAGAGGUGCGAAAAAUCCUGGGCAGGAUUUGGGAGGUUAUAGAGCUGUGGAUGACGUGGAGCCAGCCCAACCCAAGCACUCAGCAUCCCAAGCAUCCAUGCUGCUUCUCUUUUAUCCAGGUGCUUUAGCCCAUCUUCGCCUUGCACAAGCAGCCAGUGGCACCUGCUCCAUCAGGGCAGGUGGAGAUCAUGGUUCAGCACAGGUCUCCUCCCAUCUGGGGCUUGAUAUGGCUCUCACAGCCUCUGGAAGCAUCUCCAGAGUGUGGGGAGCCUGAGGGGAGCAGGGAAAGCCAAGUCCAGCUCCCUGCCUCCCCACUCCACAAAUACCUCUGGGAGCUGCUGCCUCACCACCUCCUCCCCUCCCUGCUGCCCCCAGCAGCUCCCAGGCACCCACCGUGGGGAUCAGCAUCCCUUCUCAUUCCCAGUGGGUUUUCCCUCUGGCACAGAGCUUUUCCCUGACAACAGAUAAGGAGAUGGAGUGGGGGGGCUGCUGCUGCUGGAGGAGAGCAGCCUGGGAAGGAGGGGCCCUGUGUUUCUGCACAGAAUAUACAAGCUAAGUGAAAACCUGACAAUAUUAACCUGCAAGAAUAUUGUGAUCAACCUUGUGAACCAGUUAUAAACUAGUAUAUACUGUAUACUACAUGAUAGACUUUUGUAUUAAACAAAAAACAAACAAAGCUAUAGGUACAUUGUAAUUCUUGGUGUGAUUGAAAAAAAGUGUCCUAGAUUGUAUUACUUAAUUAAAAUAAUGACGAGCAUAUUGAACUGUUUUUCGUAUUUAUGCCUUAUAAACUUGAUAUAUUACACAUGAUAAAAUGAAACUGCAAGAAUUAUGAAAAAAGAUACUCCAUUUUGGGGGCCAAUCCCAUUUGCUUUUUCUAAAACCUGAGUGCUGCUUGAAGUCAGCUCAAUAAAUCAUAUGUGUGAAGAGCAAGAGCAGGAUCUGUCCCCAAAUGACUUUUUAGGAUUUAUUUUUUUUUUUAACUGGGGUUUUGGUUAAUGUACUAUGUAAUAUUUUUAUUUUAUAAAGUCACUGUACAAUGUUGCCUUUUGGUUCAUUUAAGUAUACUACCAAAUAAACUUUAAAAUUACAGUGUCCUAAGUUUUAAUGAAACAGUUGCAAUAAU